AUACGAAAAUGUACAAAGUAAAAAGUUUAAAUGGUUUCAUCACAAGAUCCCUCGUAAAUAAACCACAGUUUUUUUCUUUAACAAUUGGAUUCAUGCUCGGAUUUAUAUUCACUUUGUAUUGGUUUCCGGUAUAUUUUGAACCGUUCUCACACGAUUCAUUUCAAGGACCACAAACCGAUCCGGGCACGCACAGCCCCGAAGAGGAAUUUCACAAAAACCAGGACGAUUCUCUCGCACAAGAUUUAAAGAGAAAAGUACGAAUUUUAUGUUGGGUUAUGACCAAACCAACUAACCACGAGAAAAGAGCCCGUCACGUUAAAAAUACGUGGGGGAAACGGUGUAAUAAAAUUUUAUUUAUGAGUUCUAAACCCGAUUCUGAUUUACCUGCGAUUGGUUUACCCGUACAAGAGGGAAGAAAUAAAUUAUGGGGAAAAACGAAAGAAGCUUUUUAUUACAUUUAUCAAUUUCAUUUCAACGAAGCCGACUGGUUUUUAAAAGCGGACGAUGAUACUUACGUUGUUUUAGAAAAUUUGCGCUACAUGCUUUAUCCAUAUAAACCUACAGAUCCUUUGUAUUUCGGAUGCAAAUUUAAAUAUAACACUUACGUAAAACAGGGCUACAUGAGUGGUGGAGCCGGUUAUGUUUUAAGCAAAGAAGCAUUACAAAGAUUUGUUGUUAUCGGCUUGCAUAAUAAUACAUUGUGUAAUCCGUUUGAUGGUGGUAGCGAAGAUUUACAAUUAGGAAAAUGCAUGGAAAACGUUGGAGUUAAAGCUGGGGAUAGCCGCGAUUCUUUGGGCCGUGGACGAUUUUUUCCAUUCAUUCCUGAACAUCAUUUAAUUCCGGGGCAUUGUCCAAAAUCAUUUUGGUAUUGGAAGUACGUUUAUUACAAUACGACCGAAGGCAUGAAUUGUUGCUCAGAUAACGCGGUAUCGUUUCAUUACGUGAAACCAAAUCAAAUGUAUGUAUUGGAAUAUUUGAUUUAUCAUUUACGACCUUACGGAAUCAAUUAUAAUAUGAAUCUAACUAAUAUAAAGGAAGCCAUUUAAUAACUUUUUUAAAGUUUGUGAUAUAUUUAUAUAUUAUUUAAAAUAAAAAAAUAAUUUUAGGGUUAUGUUUUUUUAUGGAUCCAUAGAGUACAAUUAGAAUAUCUGGAGGGUUAUUAAAUUAAAAAAUUGUUUAUAAAAAGCGUUAUUUAUUUAUAAUAGAAUACAAAUAUGGAAAAUUGAAAUACAAUAUAAGUGUACAAGGUUGCUUUUACACGUUAUAUAUAUAUAGUAGUAAAGUUGUAAUAGGGGAAUUAUUUUAAAUUAA